GCCUAGCGCUCCCGCGCAACUUGCCGAGAGACUAAAAGUUGGCUAUACUGCAUGAGCUUGUUUAAGGGUGUGGUUGUGGUAAAUAUUUUCAGAAAAAAAGAAAAUAAUAACAUUUAAUCACACAGAUUGUGAGUGAACAACGUUUGGUUCAAAGAAAGUGUGAAAUACUAAAAAAGAGAGUUCCACAAUGGCUUCGGCCUCAAGCACAAGUGCGAGGAGUCUCUUUUCCGAGUCCAAGACUCGGCUGGCGGACAGGGUGCAGGUGAACGUGAACAACGUGGCCUCGGUGGCGCGCCAAAUCAGCCGAGGCUCGAGGGCCAACGACGCUCUGAGCCACAGCGCCCGAGCCUUCUGCCAGCACGAGCAGACCAUCGCCAACUCGGAGGAGAAUCUGAAGAAGAUGAACCUGGCCGUGGCCCACCUGGGGUACCAGUACGAGGCCAUCAGCAAAAACUGCCUCUUGCUCGAAGACGUCAAGGAGCAAGUCAGGGCGAUGCAGAGAUGAGACGACUUGCCAGUUUUGGAAUCUACCAAAACUUAAAAAAUCUGCAGCACUGAACCUCUGACGAUAUCUUUACAUUUAUUUUGUGAAUUUUGAAGGAAAGAGGAAUGAAAGAUCUGAAUUUAUCCUCAAAUCUAAGGCAACUGUGAUUACUAUCAACGCAAAAUAUAUAUGAACUUGUAAUAAUAUAAUAAUUUUUAUUUAAAUUUUACUUUUCCAUCCAAUUUAAACUGUGUCCCUAGAGAAUAAAGAUAAACAUUCCGUUAUUA